AUGCAAGCGCACCUGGCCCUCGCCGCCUUCCUGAAGUCGCAAGUCUCUCGUGCGCGCUUGCCCGGCUUGUCGGGUGGCCGCGGGAGGUACUACUCAAUGUGGAAUCCACCACUGACAUCCGCAGCCUUCGAUUCGACACAGCAGGUCCUGCCAAGCUACAAGAGGCACAUCUUCUUUCCGUUCUUCCUCACCAGUGACCAGCUGUCUGGAGACAAAAAACCGGGGCCUACAGAGUAG